AUGUCCGCCCCAACAGGUAUCCAAACCUACAACUCCGCGCCCGUGAACUCCAACAAGGAGGAAGAAGGCACGCACGCAACAACCUCGCAGCCCGAACCCGCCACAGCAAUCGAGUCACUAGCAAGCGCACCCUCACAACCUCUACCAGCACUCGCAACAACAACAGCAACAGCCACAGCUCCCUCAAAUCCUCCAAUCUACACAACCACCCAGCCACCAGCACCACCCCAACCAGGCGCAACAGCAGUACAGCCGACCCCAACAGCAACAUCAACAGCAACACCACCACCAACAACCUCCUUCCCGGAGACCGCGACAUCUACAACCCAGUCUCCACCUGCACCCCAACCUGGCGCGCUCCCAUCACCAGCAACCGCAUACACAGGACCAGGAACAGCAUCUUCCUCUCUAGUCCCUCCACCACCCAAAGCCGGCGAAGCCAUCCCUCCACCGCCUCCACCAACAGCCCAGCCAACCCAGACAGCCCAGCCAACGCAGCCAAACUACACGCAAUCAUACUCCUACAACCCGCCGCAGCCUACUCCGAACUCAACCUCCACGCCUUAUUCGUCUGUGUACCAGACGCACGCGGGAUCGCAGACGCAGACUCUGCCGCUGCACUACGGUGCUGGUGCUGGGGCUGGAUCUGGGUCUGGUGGCGGGGCGAGUAGUAUCUUCCCCGAAGAGGAGGAGGGGUUUGUGGGUACGGCGAAGUGGUGGAUGAGGUGGUCUGGGAGUAAGUUGGCGGAGGUUGAGAAGGGGGUUUGGAAGAAGAUUAAUGAUAUUCAUGAUUAG